AUGUGAUCAGAGGAGAAGUAUCAGCGACUAUCAGUUUCUUUUCCCUGCAGUUGACUUUUCACUGAUAGAAAGCUAGGAAGACAAGUUAUGGAAGGCUGAUGUUAGAGAAACAAUUGAAGAACUUGCAGCUAGAGGAAAAAGGUUCCUGAACUGGUAUAUUUUCUUUUCUACCUAAACUCUAGGAGAUUAGUUAUUUUUAAUGGAUUGUACAGAACGUGAAUCCUCUCCGCUUCCUCGGCACUGUUAGUUUGAUAAGUAGAAGUUGGCAUCAAAUAGGAUCAAUCUCUGAUGAAAGAAGAUUCUUUCCAUGUAGAAUUUAAGCUAUGGACAAGGAAAGAGAAAGAGAUAGCGAUUGUGACACACAGUGGUUUCUUGUUUCACACAUUGAAUGCACUACAAAACGAGUGUCAUCCAGAUGUUAAGAAGGAAAUUUGCAGCCACUUUGCGAAUUGUGAGCUACGUUCAAUGGUCAUCGUUGAUAGAAGUAUGUUGGGAUCAGACACUUCGGUGACUGAUUAUUUAGGAAAGAUUCCAAAGGGGAGUGACCUUCCAAGUGAUGCUGUUGUAGAUGAUAACAACAUCAAAGUUGAGUGAUUCUUUAUGGACACUGCAUUGUCUUCAACUUUCUAUUUAUCUAUAUUACACAAAUCCCUUCUUUGUUGUAUGCAACUCUCUUAUUAGUCUUACUAUUGACUUAUUGAGUUAAAGAUAUUUUGCUAGUUGGCUUAAUUGGGACUUGGGUCAUAAUGUUGUGUUUUUGGUAAAACAAUAACGGAUGGAAAUGUUUUAAAACCUUAUCCCAAAGAUUUUCAUCCAUCCUUUCCACAGCAUAUCUGUAAGUAGACAGCAUUGAUGAGUGCCCCAAACAAAAGCACUGCACGAUGCAAGUUUUUCACAUACCUAGCGUUUGCAGUUUCAACAAUGACUUCUUCUUAUUUGUGACAUUGAUGAGCUCUCAUCACAUUGACAAGUCCAAGUCGGUUUCUGAAAAGUUAGGCUUAAAGCCAAAGGAUGAUAAAAGACCCAGUUACCU